AUGUCUGUCAGCUUGCAAAUAGAUGAAAUGAUGCAUCAAGAAAUAAAGACCUACACACAGGAAGUGAUUGUGAGUAUUGCUGUAUGCCUCCAUUUGCAGACUCCAGCACAUGCCAAAUGUUUCCCGUACAUAUAUCUCUGCCUGUAUUUUGAGUGGACAGUGACAGAGACAUCUAGUGCGAAACUAGACUCUGCCAGUGUCUUUUCUCUUGAGAAAGUUUUCAGACACUUGAUCACGGGGAUCCAUUUGCCAGGAAAAAGGUUGCAGCGGUCUCUAUCUGGUCACAAAGAAGUAAAUUCAGCAGCCUUAGAUGUUCCAAAGGGACAUUUUGCAGUUUAUGUAGGUGAAAACCAAAAGAAGAGAUUCGUCAUUCCUCUGUCAUACUUGUCUUUGCCCUCGUUCCUGGACCUGCUGAGUCAAGCUGAGGAGGAGUUCGGUUUCGACCAUCCAAUGGGAGGCCUCACGAUUCCAUGCAAUGAAGAAGUUUUCCUCAACCUCAAAGAUGGAUCAUCGUGAAUAGAGAACUCCUAGAUGGACCAGUUUAUGCACUAGACACUAUUUUGUAAAUAGAUUUUACAACCGGUGUAGAUCUUUUUCCCUCUUGUUUUAGGAGGUACCAGUUUAAGGAGAUAGACAGAUGUACAAUUGAAGAUGCAAUUUAGAUCAAUAACAUUGAUUCUCAUGAAUAUGUGGA